AUGGAAAAAAAAAUAAGGCAAGAAAGAAAAACCUAAGGACAACCUAACUCUCUCUUUCUGUCACUCGGUUCACCAGCCACUGCCUCCUCAGUCCUCUCUACUCUUUCUCACUCUCAUCUCAUUCCUCUUCUCUCCUCUCUCAGUUAGGCAGGCAGUCCGGCGCAGUAACCCACGCCACACUCCGGCUCCGGCGCCGACUGCUCCCUCUCCACUCUCACGAUCUCACCCUCUUGGAUCUCAAGGUCUCACCCUCUCGGGUCUCGGCUCGUUCCCUGUUUCGUGCAGCCGGCGGCCAACUGAGCUUCACCCACCGCACGGCUCCGCCUCUGUCACCCUCACGGCUUCAGUCCUCAUUCCUCACCGCUGGUUGAUCAAUUAUCUAUUGGAGUACAUCUCAUUGAGAUAUUUGCUUGGCUGUUGGACAUCAUUGUGGACUUGUGGUAUUCUGGUGGAAUUAUGGAUAUUUCAAAAGAUAUUCCUAUUGAAUUUGAAGUAGAAGAUGAGGUUGUUGUUGAAGAAAAUGAUAUGCAUAUGCCUGAUGUUGAAGUAGAAGGGGAAAAAGAAAAUGAGAAAAAUAAAAGCCUGAGGGAAAGUCAGAUAUUUGGCAGUUUUUUACUAGAAUUGUGGGUGGUGAUCCGAUGAUCCUAGAGUGGAGUUGCUUCAGCUUUUCCAAUCACAUCAUGCGUUGUUUAUGUUUCUCAACAGUCUGCUUCUAGCUAUGUCAGAUCCUUGUUAAAAUGAUGUAUUAUCAAACAGUAUGGGGAACCCUUCAAAGACACAUUCCAAAGAUGGAAAAAAAGAAUGACAAUCUAGCUUUAAGAAAUCUUUAGGGUUUGAUAAUAGGUAAAGCCAUGAGAGAUCAUUUCCAGGGGGAAAAACAGCUAAGAGUAGAAGAAAGACCUGUUACACUUAUCUUAAAGCCCUCAUACCAUGAUGAGGUUUAAUAUCACAAUUUAACAAUAAUACUUUAUCUAUAUUUACCAUUGCUUGCCCUGGCUGCUGUUUGGCUCAAUGAGGUCGAGAAUUCUAUUUUUAUUUUAUUUUGAUAAGGAUUGGAAGCCAUGGUUGGGUGGCAAAGACAUAUAAAAUCCCUACUAAAGCAUGUUGGGAAAAAAGUGGAACAUAGUUACACUCCAUCUGCCAACUUAUGUAGUUCUCGCACAGGGUUCUUGUCUAAGCCAGCUGAAUUUUCUUACCUUCAAAGGCUGAAGAAUCCAGCCUCUGCAACCAUUUUGAGGCCCUUUUAUCAAUACCUUCAACAGUUGGAAAUUUCUACAUCAAGGAAGUUACUAGCAGAUUCAUCUGAGGAAGCACCUAUAAGGUCUCCAUUGACCCCUGUUUUGGCAUUAAAUAGUGGCAAAGCAGAAGACCAGCAGCAGAAAGCAGUUUCUAAGCCUUCUACAGUUCAAGCUGUAUUGAAAAAGAUAAAACAGAGUCCAAAGAAGGUAAAUUUGGUUGCUGCAUUAGUGCGUGGAAUGCGUGUUGAGGACGCAUUGUUGCAGUUGCAAGUGACUGUGAAGCGAGCUUCAAAGACUGUCUAUCAGGUUAUUCACUCAGCCCGUGCAAAUGCAACUCAUAAUCAUGGAUUGGAUCCAGAACGCCUUCUUGUUGCUGAGGCCUUUGUUGGGAAAGGCUUUUUCAAAAAGAGAGUUUCUUAUCACGCUAAAGGAAGAAGCGGAAUUAUGGUGAGACCUGAGUGUCGACUGACAGUAGUUGUUAGGGAAACUACCCCUGAAGAGGAGGCAGAGAUAGCAAGACUGAAAGUUCACAAUUUCCGCAAACUCACCAAGCGUGAACACCGCCUUGUCCCUCAUAAGCUGAUAGAGACCACUCCAAUUUGGAACAGGAAAGGCAGAAGCAACAAUCGUGAAUCAAGUGGUAUGACUGCAUGAGCCAGCUUCCCUUGUCUUCUUACAAUUUAAUGGAAAGUUUCCCAGAAGUGUUUGAACUUCCCAAAUGUUAUUUUAUUAGGGGAAUUUUGAAGUGCCAAAACUUUGUAUUCCAUAAAGGAAUAAAAUUAUGAGAUACCUGCUUGCUUGUUUGCCAUUUAUUGUAGUUGUAGAUUAGAGAGCAGCAGAAAUUUAGAUGUUAUGUGAUUCUAAGCUGGCACAAUCAGACAAAUAAGAAAGAUUUUGCAAAUUCUGCAUUGCCAAUGGAAAAUGACGCAAAUGAAUUUGGCUUCUUUUCCUCAACUUUA